ACAGCGCCUGUUGCAACUGAGAAGUUAUGGCGGGAGCGUCUGUCCAUAUUUCUGGGCCAGGCCCACCUGGUCAUGCCUCUCCAACAAAGCUGGCCGUACCUAGUACAUCCCGCAGCCAGCUACGUGAGAGCGAGUCCCGUAAGGAGAAGAGAAUCGGACAUCGACGCGUAACAGAGGAGGGCACUGUUACUUAUAAAAAGAAACCUACAUCAGAGCUUCAAGGAGCUAUUCAACUUGGCAUACAACAUCAUAUUGGCUCACUACAACAGAAACCUGACCGAGAUCUUCUGUAUGGAGAUUUUAACAUUAUCGACACAGUUAAUUUUCCUCAUGAAGGCACUAAAACAACACAAGCACAUCCUUAUUCUGACUUCCGAUUUCGAAUAUAUGCACCCGUGGCCUUUCGGUGUUUUCGGAAGUCUUACAAAUUAGAUAUUCGUGAUUUUCUAAAUUCCCUGUGUAGUCAGUCAUUAAGAGAACUUUCCAAUCCCGGUGCAAGUGGUUCAAUAUUCUACAUCAGUCAAGAUGACGAAUUUAUCAUAAAAACUGUGCAGCACAAAGAAGGUGAAUUUUUACAAAAAUUAUUACCAGAGUAUUUCAUGAAUCUUAUGCAACAUCCCCGUACUUUACUACCUAAAUAUUAUGGCUUAUAUUGUUAUCAGUCAGGGCAUAAAAAUAUUCGUUUUGUGGUGAUGAAUAACCUACUUCCGUCUUCUGUGCGUAUUCAUGAGAAAUAUGAUUUAAAAGGAUCAACUUAUGGUCGUCAGGCAAGCGAUGCCGAACGUGCUAAAGGUUCACCAACCCUUAAAGAUCUUGACUUUUUAGAGAAUCAUCCAGAUGGCAUAUGGCUAGAAGCUGAAACUUACGAUGCACUGUUGAAAACUAUUGAGAGGGACUGCCUCGUACUUAAAUCUUUCCGAAUUAUGGAUUACUCUCUUCUGUUAGGUAUACACAAUUUAGACCAGGCCAAACGUGAUCGACUUGCGCAAAAACGUGCUCAAGAACAACAGAACUCUGUGAAUCAAUAUAGUGGAGAUGAUUCCGACUUAUCGCCAACUUCAGCUCCAAGGUUAAAAUCCAAUGGAUUGGUUUCUCAUGCUUCAACUAAAACUAAUGGAAAUUCCAAGUACAUAUCUUCUUCACCAUCGAAUGGUGCAAGCAAUGAUAAUAGUAGGACAUCUCCAUCUUCACCAAAUCAGUCCUCUAAUAUGAAUACUCGUCGAGCUCAUUUCACACCGGGUGCUGAUGGUGAAAAUAUUCCGACUGAUCAAAGUAAAUCACCAAGUGAUGAUGUUGAUAAGUCGGUGUUUCAAAGAAAUACACCCAAAUCGCAUUCACAAAAACGUGUAGUUGCUUACUGCACUGCUAUGGAAUCAAUAAAAGCAAGUUCUGAACCAGUUGAAUUAGAAUCGGAAGAACGUGAACUUAUCCCAUCUGGGGGUAUUCCUGCUCGUGAUACAAACGGUGAUCGGUUGCUACUGUACAUUGGUAUUAUUGACAUCCUACAAAGUUAUCGAAUUCUUAAGAAAAUGGAACAUGGGUUCAAAUCGCUUGUUGCUGAUGGUAAAACCAUUUCAGUGACACAUCCACUGUAUUAUGCUCAACGUUUUCAAGAAUUUCUCGGUCGUACCGUAUUUAAACGAAUACAAUCUCCAUUAAAACAAGCCACCUCAAAACGUUCCAUUCGUCCGAUGUCUGCUAUCAAAUCUAUAGACGAAGUUGUUGAUUUAGGUGAAAAGGGAACCACUUACGAAAGCGCAAAACCUACAGAUGUUUCACAUUUGUACAGAUCAGACUGGAACAGUUCGACUCAAACGCUCCUCUACCGUCCACCGUCUGAUGAUGUCAGCUUUACGAAAUACCAUGUGCGGCGUACAUCCGAAACGCCAAGUUAUGCCGGUGCCUGCACCAGAAAAGGCUCGCAUUCUAAUUCAUCACCGAGACAGCCUUAUGCAACUAGAAGUAAAGUGGGAUCCUGUCCCAACUGCUUGCCGAUCUCCAAAAUGCCGAACAGGUACCGUAGUGCGGGCGAGCUCAAUCGAGGGACCUCCGCCGCAAACUCCUCCCUCUUUUCCAUGCCGUCUGACAUUGGUCAAGGAUCGAUCUCAGGAAAUUAUCACGGUAGAAGAUUUAGACCACAGUCAGGGUAUAGAUCAAACGUUCUGAUAUGUUCAUAUAAUAGUAAUUUUACUAAUAAUCAACGUUUCCCUCAUUUGUACGAUAUAUUGGCAGCUGAUCUUGAGCGUACACCGAGUCAGUUUAGCUUUAGUACAACAAGUUCAAGUGAUAAUCAGUCACGUAUUCGUCAAAGCAGAAGUGAUGUUGCUCAUGAUAAUUCACCUACUGAGUCUACCCCAUACACUAAUAAUGAGUACCGUUUUUCACAAAGAGAAGAUCAUCAGUUCGAAUCGAAUACCGUUUUAAUAAAGAGAAUAGAUGAAUACCCCAGUAAUUCACAACUAACUUCACUUGUUGAAAAUGGCUAUGCAUCAUCAGCAUCCAAAAAUAAUGAAUCAAAUUUACAUGGUGUUAAAAUACGACCUAAUCGCACUGGUAAAAUUGACUAUGCUUCAUUAGAGAGAUUUAUGAAUGAUGCGUCUUCAACUCUUUCCUCACCAUUGUAUGAUCCUUAUGGAAUGGCUUCUAAAAUUGCUAGUUGGUCUUCUAGUCAUCAACCAUACAAUCGUCUUGUUGUUGAACAACACUGUUUAAGUUCUUUAUCGCGUACGUCUACGAAAUCAGCUAAAAGCAUGCCUCCCAUCCCGAUUCUUACUGAAUCAUUCUUAAGAAAACGUCGAUUUCGAACUGAACACAAAUCAACAAAUAAAAUGAAUUCAACAAUAAUGUAAUGUAAAUAGUUUAUAACUGACUUCCAUGCCUGUUAUAAUUGAAUACAAAAUGUAUAGAGAAAAUAUAAACUACUGAUAUUUUACCAGUUUCCUGAAUGCGCCUAUAUGUACUGUAUAUUUGUAUACUCGGUGAGCUGUUAAGACAUGAUACUCUUUUCUGUUAUCGCUUGAAAAAAGCGAUAAUUUCAUUUCUGUAUGGUGUAGUGUAGUGUAUGGUGUUUGUAUUCUUUUACGUGAAAAGUGCGUCCGAUUGAUUUUUGGUUAAGAGUUAGUUACUUUGUAUUUUACGCUUUUCUAAUAGUUUCUAACUGCUCACUUACGAUAUCCUACAGAGUGCAUUUCAUUCUUUCGCUAUCAGACAUUGGUACCAUUUGGUGUCUAAUGUGACUUUUUGCUGUUCAUGCAGAUAUAUUAUCAAUUCUCCAUACCAUUAUUUUUGUUUUUUAACUAGCAACCAUAUUGCUAUGUGAAUGAGGUUCCUGUUUACUUAGUGUUGAUAAGCAUAUUCUCUUGCUUAUUGUGCAAAAUAGCCGUCUUUUCCAUUUUCGUUCUAGGUUAACAAGAUUUCAACAAACACUUCAACUUUUCUGUGCUUAAGUCAUCUGGUGUGAAAUGCACUAGUCGAUCCGUUCUUGUGCGGAACACAAAAGAAAUUGCUUGUGUUUUGUAUCAGUUAAAUUGAAAAUGAUACGCAGAUCUAUAUUUAUUAUUCGAAAUUGAUUCAUAUGAGAGUAAAACUUGGGUAGUGUGGUAGAGUAUAUGCUAUAAAUAUGCACAAUAAGUUCUGCUCGAAACGUCGUCAAGUAAAUAAUACUUCAUCAAUGUACUAUAUCAAAUAAAGAAUGUAAUAUGGAACUAGAUUCAUUGUUUUUCAGUUCCAAAUGAACUUAAUCCGAAUACAAAUAAUAGUAAACAAGGGGUUUAUAGUUAUUACAUUUCCAACGAAUGAACUGAAACAACUCAAAACGGAAGGAUAGUUGUCCAGAACACAUAUGCAGGAAUCAGUUACUAUAUAAGAGUCGAAUUAAAUGUGACAACUAAUAUUUUUCAAUUCAUGACAAAGAUACCUUCUUCUCCGAGACAUGUAUAGAUUAUUUGGUUUGAUUAGCAAAGUUUUUAGAGUCCUAUGCACUGUAGUUAAUCUGUUCAUUCAGAAUUAAGAAGCAACAAACUUGAAUCAGCUAAAUUUUGAGUCCAUUUGUAAAUGAAUUGAUCUAAACAAGUCACCUUUGUCACAUGAAUUUCGUCACUUUUUUCACUUUUUAAUUUUCCAACUAGCCAUGCCAAGUUAAUACUCUGUGCUUCAGAAUUUUGAAUAGACUAGUUCGGUAGCAAAAAAUAUCAAAGUAUGUCAGUCUAGUUCAUCAAGUUUAUCCAUAGAAUUGUUGACUGUUACUAUGACUCCCGAUAGGAGAUAUCCAUAUGCCAAAAGGAUGUUUUCAAAUUCCACAAUCAACAACUGGUGCGCACAUAUAUCUAUAAACCUUUAACUCUUAAAGUUAUAUAUAUACCCCAGUUCUUUUUCUUCAUAUGAACCUAUCGUUUUAAUGGAAACCAGCCAAACAAUUUUAUCAUUACAAUACUAUUACUCUGGAUAACAUCUAUAUACUUUUUCCAUGACAUUUGUUCAUUGUGUUAUCUUUUAUUACAUAGUCAUCGAUGCUCUUUUUGUAUUGGCGACUAAAUUGUAAUUCUCUGUGGUAACAAUCCCAUGAAAUAUCUGUAUAUCUCAUAACUAUUGACUCUCCUGUACCGCAGUGCAGUAAUAACAAGAGGUGGCUAACAUUGUUUGAUGAAGUAAUAAUACAAACAAGUAUCUAAGUAGAGGGUUACAAGAUGGUAGGGAUUUUUAAGAAAACAUAUCGUUGUAUCACUUCAUCAGAUCAUGAACAUUUCACCUACUAUGUUCCCUCAGUGAUUCCUAACACCUUGGAGAAUCCAGAAUAAUAGUCAUGGUUUUCAUUCAAUGAUGACUUGUCUUGAAUGGGUCACCUAUAUACCUAAUCUUUAAUCAACACUAUGCGUUGUAAUAGAUAAUAACUCUGUAAGCGCAUCUUUCACCUAGUAUUCUACAUGUAACUGUUAAAUCACUUACAUGAUAAUCCCAUCACAUGCAAGCAAUGUUACAAAGUCACAUAUAAUUGAGAAGCGGAAAUCUAUAUACACUGACCUUCAGUAGUAAUAUAUUUCACAUUAAAACAGUGAACUAAUGCAUAGAAUGAGUGCUGACUCUUUGAUAGAUAAUCAAUGCUUCACUAUGAUAUGAAGCAUGACAGCUUCGACUAUACUUCCUAGUUAAGUGACUGUAUUAAUAAUUUCUCCAUGACCAAAAAUUAUUUGCCAUAUAGUAGGUUACUUUUUACUGUUGUUUCAUCAAUAACUCUCUUCAUCCUUCACUGGUGUGGUUUAUGCAGUAAAGGAAAAUAAUUAAUAGUCUAUACAUUGUACUUAAUAAUACAAGUGUUAUUCAGUGUUAACUGCUCAUAUGUUCUCCUACUUGAUGUCCUACAUGGUGGUUUUCUCACAUAUUGUUAACUUCGUAUUUACUUGAUAUUAAGUAGCAGCACGUAGUACAUCCAUCCAUACUGCUUCAAAUUGAGUUCACAUAUUCCUGUAGGAACUAGUAAUAAACAAAGGUAAAAAGUAAGUAGACUAACUUGUAUACACACCUAUUGAGAUGUAGUAUUGCAUCGUAGUUUACUUUAUACAAGUUACGUGACUACUCACCAUCGUCUACAGAAAGAUAUAUUCGCUUAAAUGAAUAAUAUGAAUGCAUUUUCACUCAGUAACAUACUGUUUGUGUCCUCUUGUGUUUGUUUUCUGUAGCUCUAACCCUAUUGUGCUCUCAAAAUUUUGUUUUUACGUUCUCCUCACUUGUAUAUGUAUCUAAAUAUAAUUUUUUUUCUUUUACCAUUUUCUUUUCUAGAUAUUCGCCGGUAUUAAUAAGUGGGUUACCAGCUCGACCUAAUUAUUAUGCGAGUGACCAAUCUAAUCAUAUGAACAAUGAAUUUUGUAUUUUUAUCAUGUUGCCUUUAUCAGUUCCAUUUCUUUUAUUACCACUGUUGUUGUACAUACAGAAAUGCUAUAUAACAUAUCCUUUUCUCCUGGUCUGUAGUAUAGGUCACUCUAACAUUCAUUGUUUGGUAACAUUAUUCUUGAAUAAUUCUGCAUUGCAAUUGGAAUCUCAUACUACGUCAUUUUUUCUCUUUUGGUUCGAUUAUUAGUUCCAGUUUUAUUUAGACAUUCCACUUCCUUCAUCGUUGUUGUCGUCGUCUUGUCGUUUAUCCCCUUUCCCUUACCCUUCUUGUUCUUCGUCAUGCGUACGACAUUCUAGUUUUAUCAGAUUACCUUUAUUCGUCCAUAUAGGAACGAUAAUAUAGUAAUAUUAUUAUUACUAGUAGUGGUGGUAGUAGUAGUAACAGAAGAAUACUGCUCUGUUUCUCUCUUUUCAAUAGACAUAGUAUAUGCUAUCAUGCAGCUGCUCACUUUCGAUCUAAACAAGGUUGUUUAAUGUGAAUUUCGUUUUCACCUCUUUUCACCCAACAUGAGCUAGUAAUAAUGUUUAUUCUGAUUUCUUCGCUUAGUAAAUAAUUGCAACAAUGAUAAUGACAAGUAUUAUGAUUAUCACUGUUGUUAUGCUGAUUUGGUUACAGUGUACAUGGAUGAAUAUGUAAAACAGUAUCAAUGCAAGAGAAAAGCUUUUUCGUUUCAUUUUUUUUCUUUCAGUGCUACAAAUAUCCCUUGCAUUGCUGUAUACGUGCAUAUAUACAUAUAAUGAAAAAAAGUUUCUACUUCUCUACAUUCCUAGAAUUAUUGUCCCAAUUACCUCCAUAUCUGAUUAAGUAUUAUGUAUGAAAUGUUUCAAUGUUAACCAUAAAUAUCCCGAUUUCUUUUCUGUGUCUUUCUACUCCUCAACAAAUUGUCAAUAGAUGAGUAACAAUUACGAUAAGACCUGAUACGAUAUCGGCUAUCGCUUCGCCAUCCUUUUCAACCUCUUAUUGCUACGAGACAUUUUUAAUUUGUGGCACAUCUGGCAUUGUUAUUUGGUAAGAAUACUUUGAGUGAUGUAAACGAAACAAAUAGAAGAGAAAACUUACAUUCUGUCUAUCCAAAUUUACUCUUGUCUUUCAUCUAUAUUGAGAAUAAUUUUUAAUUGUGUUGAAAUGCAUUGUUUUGUCCUCGCCUUUACCUUUGUGGAUGCUUUCUUUUGUUAUUAUUUUUCUGGUACUGCUGUCAUUGUUUUAUUUUACUCCGUGUACUCAUCCCCCGUACCUGUUCUUAUGAAUGAUUUCUUAGUUUUAUAGUCUACUCCUUUUUGUCAUUUCCUGUGACAACGCACACAUACACUAGCGUUUUGCUUUCUUCCUCAAACGGUAUGAUGGGGACAUCUUUUUUCCCUCAUCGUUGACUAGAAUACCGUAGAUAACGGAAAUGUCGAUGAGUCGUUGUUGAACACAAUUUCAGCAUAUAUUUACUAUUGGACGUGUAUGUUAGUUUAUUUUGGAUGUAUUCUUUUAGAUAAUCUUCAAGUUUGAUUGAUGUUUCAUUAUUCUUUUGUGUUUACGUUUUGUGAUUGUAUAUACUUAUACACACAUAUUUGAUAUACACAUAUAAAUGAUAUACACUGUGCUGUAGCGAGGCCUCAUACUUUUUUCAUCUAUCGACUCAUAUAACUACGGAUUUGUGUUCCACUCUUAAGUGUAGAAAUCCCCCCCUCCCCCCACUUGUACUGGGAUUUCUGCUUUAUAUAUAUAUAUAUUGUUUGUCCAACUAUUUGUGGAGUGAAAUAAUUAUUAUUCCUAUCUAAACUGCUUCAAAGAAUAACUACUCUCUCUAAAUUUCAUUGUAUGUAAUUCGGCUGUACUUUCUUGUCUUUCCUAUAUCCCUUUAUAUACGUAUUUAUGGAAGUAUAUAUUAUUUCGUUUUCUCCACACGCACGAAUUGGAAACUCGCUGUGUACCUGAAAAAGUCAAGUAACUUAAUACACCCGUAUCUCUAGAAAUUAUACCCUAAUGAUGUGAUUUCUUAUCACAUCUCUAAUUUAUCCUUUCUUACUUUAUGUCAUUUCCUCCGAUUUCAUUAUCUUCCAUAUACCCAAAUAGCACAAUUUACAUAUUUAUGCUGUUAUUGUUAUAAUUAUCACUUACAUUUCCUUUUGCUUGGAAAUUAGAGAAAUAAAAAAGUAUUAAUCGCG